AUGCCACCCAAUUGUUCAGCAACUUUCAACAAAAAUUAUGCGAUCCUCAAUUUGGACUGGAUGACAAUCCUAAUAGACGCUGUCAAAGAUACGCCUGAAGGACAGACAUACAUUGCCAACUGCUCGCGCUGGAAUGAUGCUGUGCAUGCAAAAAUCCCACGGCCCAUAACUAUCUUUACAACCCUUUUCUUCUCGAAUAAAUCCCAACCUGAACUCCACAAGAGUGACAAGGCGCCUUUCGCGAAGCAGAUAAAUGGAUACAAUCUUUUCGAAUCUGGAUCCCCGGAAGUACAAAUCGAUCCUCGUUUUUUGGUUGACGAAAAUGAUAUUGUUCUUCAGAAAACGAGAUGGUAUGCUGGUGCGGGAAAUGCAUUGGAGCAAAUUCUAAGGGCGCGGAAUGUAGAUACAGUUAUCAUAGUAAGUCGCCCCUGCCAAAAAAACUUAGGUUUUAUAUCCGUCUACUAA